CGUACCCGCAGGUGCACGGUCACAUUCCAGGGAACGCAGACCUUUCCGGUCGGACACUUAUAGAAAAGCUCUAUACACUAGGCUUUCAGGGAGAGAAUGGUGUUCCUAAUCACUAUCCUGCUCCUGGGGAUCCAACAACUCAAUGCCGCUACUGGACCUUUCUGCUACCAUGACCCUGCCUGCGGUCCUGCCAAAUGGCCUGUCAAGUAUUCAGCUUGCAACGGCACACAGCAGUCACCAGUCAACAUCAACACAGGCAAAGCUGUCCCGAAGGAACACCUCGGUCCCUUCUCCUUCCAUAACUAUGACAACUCCAGUCUGCUGCUCCAGAUCAUGAACAUCAAGAAAACCAUCAGAGUCACCACUAGCACCCAGAUGUAUGUGAGCGGAGGCGGGCUACCUGGAACUUACCUUGCCACCCAGUUCCACCUGCACUGGGGCAAUGGGAGCCAUUCUGGGGGCUCUGAGCACUGGAUGGAUGGCAAGCAGGCCAACAUGGAGCUCCACAUCGUCCACCGAAAGCAGGGACUGAACCUGACCCAGGUCUUCAACUACCCGGAGGGACUGGCAGUGCUGGGAUUCCUCAUCCAGAUUGAAUCUAAUAUCUCCGAGAACCAGGCCUGGAAAAGCCUGACCAAACUUGUCUCAAACCUGACAGAGGAUGGUGAUGAACUCACACUUAAUGGGACAUUCUCAAUGAUGGAUCUCAUUGGCAGCAUCGACCUCACCAAGUACUACAGGUACAAUGGCUCCCUCACCACCCCAGAGUGUAAUGAGGUCGUCCUCUGGACUGUCUUCGAAGAGCCCAUCCGCGUCAGUGCAUCACUGGUGGAAACUUUCUACACCGACCUCUUUGUCAAUGCCACUGAAGGAAUACGCUUGCUCAACAACUUCCGCCCUGUCCAGGAGAACAGGAACUCAAUUUAUGCCUCAAAGCAGGCAUCCCAGGGAGCCCCCACCGUCAACCCCACCACCCCCAGGGGAGGGAGCUCAACUGUCUGGACUCAGCCCCUUGGCCUGCUCCUGCCUUUGGCUUCCAUCUUGCUGUUGUCCUGA